GUGAAUCAUUUAUCAAAGAGGCAUCCAGACAUGAAAAUAGAAGAGGUGCCAGAGCUCACGUUGCCCAUCAUCAAACCAAACAGAGAUUACUUCUGUCAGUACUGUGAUAAGGUGUACAAGAGUGCCAGUAAACGCAAAGCACACAUCCUAAAGAACCAUCCUGGUGCUGAGCUACCUCCAAGCAUCCGGAAACUGCGCCCUGCAGGCCCAGGAGAGCCAGAUCCCAUGCUGAGCACCCACACCCAGCUGACAGGCACCAUAGCCACCCCUCCAGUCUGCUGUCCUCAUUGUUCCAAGCAGUACAGCAGUAAGACAAAGAUGGUACAACACAUUCGCAAGAAGCACCCAGAGUUUGCUCAGCUCCCUAACACGAUACACGCUCCCCUGGCGACGGCUGUCAUCAGCUCCACUCCUGCUGUUCUAACGACCGACAACACUACCGGAGAGACUGUUGUGACAACAGAUUUACUGACACAAGCAAUGACAGAGAUAUCCCAGACCCUCACAACAGACUAUCGAACACCCCAGGGAGAUUACCAGCGAAUCCAGUACAUCCCCGUGUCUCAGUCCACAACUGGCUUGCAGCAGCCUCAGCACAUACAGCUGCAGGUUGUUCAAGUGGCCCAGGCUACCUCACCUCACCAGUCCCAGCACUCCACAGUGGACGUUGGGCAGCUUCAUGACCCCCAGACAUACACCCAGCAUGCUAUCCAGGUGCAGCACAUCCAGGUGACAGAGCCAUCGCCAGCAACUCAGUCAUCAUCACAGGUUGGGGGUCAGCCUUUGAGUCCCUCCUCACAACAAUCUCAGCAGGAACUCAGCCCCUCGCAGAUGCAGACAGCUACAUCUACACCAAACCAAGCCCUCCAGCAGCAGCAAGGGUCUUCAGUCCAGCACACAUAUCUUCCCAGCACGUGGAAUUCAUUUCGGAGCUAUUCAUCUGAGAUUCAGAUGAUGACCAUUCCCCAAGGCCAGUACGUGAUCACAGAGACCGCUGUAGGUACACCAGUCACCACUGUCAACACAGGGCAAGUGAAAGCAGUUACUCAGACUCACUAUGUGAUAUCCGAAGGUCAGCCUGACCUGGAUGUCAAACAAAACUCUUCGCUCUCCAGCGAGGUGCAGGUCGGUGUUUCCCAGCCACCACCCCACACGGAUACCUUGGAAUCACCAACAAGCAGUCAGCAGCAAACCACCCAGUACAUAAUCACUACAACCACCAACGGCAACGGCGGCAGCGAAGUGCACAUCGCUAAACCAAGAACUUUCUCAGCAGAACACGAAUGAAGAAGCUUUACGGUGUCACUUGCUUGUACUUGUCACCUCCCCUGAAAGCCCAGAUAUAUGGGGUGUCCUGGAAGUUCAGUAUGUUUUAAAGUAUAUGCUCACUUAACUUCAACUAAAAAUCUUGGAGCUCUU